CAGAGGGACGGCGCUACGGCUCCCACGCUGGGCCAAACGCCUCCGGCAGUUGGGCCGGGGUGCGUCUCCUCCUUCCGGCCGGCCCUAGCCGGGGUCGAGUGAGGGGGUCGCGUCCUGCGCCCUGACCCUCUGCGCCAUGCGCCCGUCCCGUUGUCGCAGCUCCCGGGCACAGGGUCGCCCUCAGACCCGUCCUCCAGUGCUGCCGGCCUGCUGUGUGCUCCGGGACCCUGGCGCUGCCGCGGAGAGGGCACCGGGCCAACAGUUCUCUCAAGGGUCAGCUGAGAAAUCCCAGGCCUAGGCACCUAUGACACCUAUGCUGGCCGCCUGGACACUGCACCACCACCGUGAGCUAGUGCUGCCGCUGGGGCCAAAUGCCGGUUAUGCCCAUCCCCCGACGGGUGCGCUCCUUCCAUGGCCCGCACACCACCUGCCUCCACGCAGCCUGUGGGCCAGUGCGGACCUCCCACCUGGCGCGCACCAAGUACAACAACUUCGACGUGUACAUCAAGACCCGCUGGCUCUAUGGCUUCAUCCGCUUCUUACUGUAUUUCAGCUGCAGCCUCUUCACAGCGGCGCUGUGGGGCGCGCUGGCCACGCUCUUCUGUCUGCAGUAUGUGGGUGUGAGGGUGCUGCUGCGCUUCCAGCUCAAGCUGUCCGUGCUGCUGCUGCUGCUGGGCCGAAGACGCGUGGACUUCCGCCUCAUGAACGAGCUGCUCAUCUAUGGCAUUCAUGUGACCAUGCUGCUGGUCGGAGGCCUGGGCUGGUGCUUCAUGGUCUUUGUGGACAUGUGAGGGCCCAGUCUCCCCAGGGCUCUUGACUGUGCCCGGGCAUGCUCCAUUUCUUGAUGAGUAGGGCCAGUCAGGGCCUUUGCUGCCCCAUCCUGUGGGUGAGGCCCACAGCACACACUCCCAUGGGGAGAGAAAAGGGCUGAGACUACUCCACAAUCCUGCUGGCUUGUGCGCUACCCUCCUGUGUGAUUCCCUUGGCCUCCUGCCUCUGGUUGCUGCCUGCACUUAUUCAGGUUGUCCUGUGGGUGGCCUCUUCUGGCCAGUCGGCACCUUGAGACCCUCUGUGUGACACACCCCCAACAUCAGACCCCCACAAGUGGUUUGAAAGACCCUGGGACAUAGAGGAGUGCCUUCCAGCUGCAUAUCCCUUCCUGUACCCUGGUUGUGGCCCCAGCCUCAGGGACCCGUCAAGCUCUACUAGCAGACACACUACUGCCACAAACUCCUCCCAGCUGCCUGAGUCCUAUGCCCAUAGAUCACCCUAUGCUGUGCUGAGGGGCUAAGUUGGUCAUGAUCCCCAGGCAGGCCUUAGGUAAAGUCCAACAGAAUGCCACAGAUGGCACUGGCAGGUCCUUGGUGCAGGGCCACCCAGGGUGGCACAAGUUCCCAUCUGCCCUCCCUCUGAGCAGGUCUUCUGAGUUUCAGGCUGAUCCUGGAAUUCCAUGUAGAGGUCCUGGGAGGCCACUCCCAUUUUAGCAUUUGGGGGCCCUUUUGGCCUCUCUGAAGGAUGGAGACCUGUUGGCCUCCGGCAACUGUCUGAGAUCUUGAACAAGCCAGCCUUGGAGAACCCAGACCAAUAGCAUUUUCUCCAGCGGCUUUUGCCAGCCUAGUGGAUGGCCUUAAUGGGCCAGCUGUUCCCUCGAUGUUUGUAGCUUUUAGAGCACCCUGGGGGUGUGAGACAAAAUGCAGGCAGUACCUGGCCUGUCUGGUUUGUCAGUGGAGUGCGUGGCUCAUGGGGACCUGGGUGGCAGGUGAAGUACUAUUAUCACCAGGGGCAGGACACCGGAUGGAUCCUGUGAAUACUUGCUUCACUCAAAAUUGUUGUCAUCCCCAUGCCCUGGGCAUGUGUGUGGCCCUUUUGGCCCUGCCUUGCCAGGUAGACCAGUGGCUGGCAGUCUGAAGACAGUUGUGUUCCACUGAAGAAAAACAGAUUUCUCCAAACAGGGCAGGCAAGCAAAAACACAUGGCUGUUGACCCAGCUCUUUAAUUUAUAGUCAACUUCCGUCCACUAGCAGGAGGGCUCUGCACGAAGUCUGUCUGCUCCCAAGGACUGGCAGGAGCCUCCCCAGUGGACCCUGCUGCUUGCUGCAGAUUUUUUGCACUAAAUCAUGCUCUUUCCUCAAAGAAGCUUUGUUCUGCAUUAAUUAGCUCCUUUUCCUCAGAGCUGUCGAUGCCCCCCUUGCUGGGUGAUGGGGUGGGAGUGUUAGGGUUGGUAGUUGGAAGGGAUGGCUGUGCCAAAUGUCAGUGGCAGUGCCAGGGGAUAAGAAAACUCUGUCACAUGUUGCACACUCAGCCUUCCCAGCGUCCCGAGUGCCUGUUAAAUUCUUUAUGAGAUGAACCACCUGCAUUAAACCUAUUUUUUUAAUGUG